UCCGCUCUCCAGUUUCCAACUCACACUCCAAGCACAACUUCUCCGCUCUAUAAAAAACACAAGAACACACUCCGAGUAUCCAGCAUGCUGUUCGCCAAGGUCAUAGUCACUCUCUGCUCUGCCGCCGUUGUUAUGGCUAAACUCCGCUGCGUUUGCGAGCACGAGGGCUGGAACAAAAACGUUGACUUGAACAAAAUCGAGGACUUGAACAAAGGCGAUAGCUGGGACGGAGAGGAUGGCUGGAACAAAGACGAGGUCUGGAAUAAAGAGGAAUGCAAGAAACUCGACAAGAGGAUGAAGCGGUGCUGUGAUUCGGGCGAGAAAUACUGCGCGGCCAAAGACAAGAGCAACGUGUUUGAAAUGGAUUGCCACGCUCGCGGCAAAGCUCUCGGUAAAAAUUGCUUCAUUGAUGAAUGCUAAAUCGUUGGCUGAGGAACGGAAGCUGCAUUUUUGCGGCCAUCCUGAGCUGACGCUUGUGAGAUAAUGGACGGUCAAUGAUGGAUCGUGGAUCCGCUUUGCAGUUCCCGAAGUACAUACCCAAAUAAAAUAAACAGCGCUGUGCUUCGUGAGA